AACAAUUUUUUUUUAAAACUUUUCAUCAAAAAAACUAUCAUGCCACUAUAAGGGUUAAUCAUGCUUUUUGUUCUUCGUAUAAAAACUAUUUUCCAAAGUAUGUCUCACAGUACAGUUUAAAAGAUAAUUUAUCAAAGAAAUCCUAAGUAAGAAAAUUAAUUACUGUAGACUUUUUAAAAUCCGUAGAAUCUGCGUAGGCUUUAGGCUUGCAGAUGUAGACUGUAGAUUGUGUAUUUCUUUACUCUAAAGCCGGAAAUUGCCAUAGUAUUGGUAACACUGACCCCAACUGGACGUGUAUUUAUGCAAACCGCAGAUAUGUUAACGUAUACUUUUAUAUAAUAUGCCACCGACAAAAAAAACAUUAUGGAGUCAUUUCGAUGAUACUGGCAAUCAUAAAGCCAGGUGUAAAAUUUGUGAAUCAAUUAUUUCUUAUAAAACUUCAGUUUCCAAUUUAGCAAUGCACAUGCUUGAAAAACACUGUUCAAGAGAGGUUUCACCCGAGUGUAGUGGUUCUUUUGCUUUCGUGGAGGUAGAUGAUAAACCGGCAAAUUACGAAGAUGAUAGGGUGGCAGAAAAAAAGAAUCGGAGAUCGUAUAGAAGCAAGGCGUGGAACCAUUUUGAUGAUAUUGGUGAUAAAAAAGCACGAUGUAAAUAUUGCCAAAUUGUCAUGUCGUACAGAACAUCAAUUACUAAUUUAACUAAACAUGUCAAUAGGGCACAUUUUAAAAACGUAUUACCAUCCGAAGUUGAUUCUUCCGAUGUAGAGACGACGGUGGUGACAGUAGAAGAGUCCGAAAAUGACAAUUCACACGUAGAGGAAGAACAGAAAUCGGGGCGAAAAUUUAGUAAAGCGUGGUGCCAUUUCGAUGAUUUAGGCAACUAUAAAGCACAGUGCAAAUAUUGCAAGAUUGUUAUGUCAUACAAAGGAACAAUCACUAAUUUAAAAACACAUUUCAUUAGAGCACACUUAGACGAACUAUCAGUGUGUGACCCAGUCGAUUCUUCUGAUCUGGAGACGACGGUGGUCACAAAAGAAGAGGCUGAAAACGACAAUGCUGAUUCUUAUCCCGUGAAAAGAAAGAGGAAAAGGUAUAAGAAAUCAAGCAAGAUUUGGAACCACUUCGAUGACAGGUUCAAUGGUAGAGCUCGGUGCAAAUAUUGCGAAUUGGACUUUUCCUACAGUACUUUAACUAAUUUAUCAAAACAUAUUGAAAGAAAACACCUUCAAAUACCAAUUGAAUUACCUUCACGAACCAAGUCACACGCAACUUCCACCUCAGAGGCGGCGGAUGAGGAAAUGGCAUGUACUGAAGAUACUGAAACUAGUGUGGUGAAAAAUCCGUUAGAGAAGCUCUUAGCUUCAAGAGCAAAGCCACAUGUUAGUAUGUGUUAUACUAGGCGUAAUACAAGUCCCCAAGUCGUUAAGAACACGCGAACUUUUUACGAACAUCGGGAACACGUUGAAAAUAAAAACGACAUAGAUCGUCAUAUAAUGAAUCUUUUCAUAUAUGAUAUGCAACAUUUUUCAAUUGUAGAAGAUAGAGGUUUUCGUGAACUUAUUGCGUUCGGUUUUCCAAAUUAUACUUUGCCGACGAGACAAUUUUUCGCAAACAAUAUGCUUCCUACGCUAUAUGAAAAGACAAAGUCCGAGAUCAAGGAAUCAUUAAACCUAGAAGUUGUGUCUAUAUAUGUCUCAACGGAUAUGUGGACUUCUAAAUAUGGUGAUUGUUUUUUAGCACUUACAGGAUGUUACAUAGAUAGUAAUAUGAUUUUACGUUCGCUUCUCUUGGAAUUGUGUCAACCAAUUGGAUCCUCGCAUACUGAAUUAGCGGCAGAAUUAACAAGAAUCGUAAAGGAAUGGAAAAUUAAGGAUAAGAUCUUUGUUGCCAUGUCCGAUAACGAUUCUACUAUGAAGUUUGCCAUUGAAAAAUGCUUAGGUUGGCAACACUUGACUUGCUAUGCACUAAGCUUAAAUUUAUUAAUUGACAAUGCUUUGAACAAUGAUGCUAUUGCAAAUAUAAUCCAGAAAACUAAAGCCCUCGUUAAAAAAAGUACAAUCGCUGACUUAAUGUUAGAAGAACAUUUGGACCAAAUUCUUAAAGCAAACAAUAAAACAGACGAAGAACUAACAACUAGGUGGGAUUCCAUAUUUGAGAUGUCGAAGCAACUAAUAGAGCUCAAGGAAGUACUUCAAAAUGACCUCUCUGAAUUAAAUGUAACUAUCUUAUCUGAAAACGACUGGGACUUUAUUGAAAAGCUCGUUUCUCUUUUAAAUCCUUGUGACGAAGUGAUAAAAGAAAUCAGCGGUUAUAAAGAUGUGCCAAUUAGUAUUGUAAUUCCAGUAACAUUUGCCCUUAAGUCGGCAUUGGUAGAAUUUGUGUUAAGUAGCGAACCUCUGCCUGAUGCAAUUGAAAUGAUCAGACAACAUAUUUUCGAUGGUCUCGUGUGCCAACUGUCCGUUUUAGAAGAGAAUCGCAUUUAUACUACAAGUAUGUUUCUCGAUCCGAGAUAUAAACUUUAUUUUGAAAAGGAAAAAAUCGCAGAUUCAACAAAAGAAUACGUCACUAGGUUAAUUACGUCAUUGAUAGCUGACGAAGAAGAAGAAUUAAUGGCCGAAAACACAUCGAACAAUAGUAUAGAAAACGACAGUUCUAUCUGGAGUCACUACAACAAAAAAAUGAGCAAUACUCGGACAUCAGCAAGCGCUUCCUCUAAAGCUGAAUUAGAAAUCCAAAAUUAUCUGGACGAUAAAAUACCAUCGAGACACAGUUCUCCAUUAGAAUGGUGGAAAGACAAUCAAAGUACGUACCCGCGACUAGCAAUGCUUGCACGCGUACAUCUGAACGUUUUAGCCACACGAAUGCCAUGUGAAAAUUAUAUUACGGCAUGUAAUGAUUUAUACGACAGAGACCUUGAUACCCAAAAGAUUCAACAAUUGUUAUUUUUACAAUUAAAUUGUAAAAACGAAUCAAUGUAAUUAACUUUGUUCGUAAUUUUGGUCAGAGUACCAAAAAUUAAGACUUUUAAAAUAAAGAAUUCUAGUAUAA